AAAAAGAAAAAGGCUUAUACAAGUCACACUCUGCGGAGAUGGCAUACAGCUAGGCUGUCAUGAUUGAAUAAAGAAAUGGGCUGUAUGGCAUGAGCCCGAGAAGUGAAGACAUGGACACUAAGCGCUCGGAAACGCUCAUUCCUCACGCAAAUUGUAUAUUAGCUGGGAUGGAAGCCCCCGCGGCUCUAAACCAAAGUGGCUGUUUUAUCAGGAACAGCCAGUUGAGGAGACACUUGGAAGAAGAGUUGAUGAAAGAUCAUUGGGUGCUGAUUGUGGUAUAAUAUCGCAGGCCGCAAGCGCAGAUGUUCAGCUAUGGGAGGUUCUGUUUCAGCAAAACGUGUUGGGUAAUGCAGGAAAAAGGGAACCGUAAGGCUUGGAGGACGAUAUACCACGAGGAAAUAUGGCUGGGGAAAUUGAAGACAGUUGAUGUAUGGGAGGUAACACAUGUGUCAAUGCAAGAAAACAUUUUAACCU